AUAUCCAAUCCAAUCUGUUGAUUGAUUGGAUUCGGAUUGAAGGAUUGGCUGAUUGAUUGAUUGAUUGAUUGAUUGAUUGACAACGGAUAGAGAAGUGUAGAGGAUGAAGAAAAGGACAAUGGCGAGAAGGGGACGUGGCGGCUCGAGAGGAGGAGCGGACGGGGGGGGGGGCGAGCAGGAGGAGGACGACGACGGCGGCGGCGACGAAGAAGAAGAGGUAGAAGAGGAGGACGACGACGGCGGCGGCGACGAAGAAGAAGAGGUAGAAGAGGAGGACGACGAAGAGGCGGAGGAAGAGGAGGAAGAGGAGAAGGAGAAGGAGAGGAGGAGGAGCGAACGGGGGGUUGGCGAGGAGGAGGAGGACGAUGACGACGACGGCGACGAAGAACAAGAGGUAGAAGAGGAGGACGACGAAGAGGCGGAGGAAGAGGGGGAAGAGGAGAAGGAGAAGGAGAAGGAGAAGGAGAGGAGGAGGAGGAGCGGACGGAGGGUGGGCGAGGAGGAGGAGGAGGACGACGACGACGGUGAUGAAGAAGAAGAGGUAGAAGAGGAGGACGACGAAGAGGGAGAUGAAGAGGAGAAGGAGAAGGAGAAGGAAAAGGAGGAGAAGAGAAGGAGAAGGAGAAGCAGGAGGAUGACGAAGAAGAAGAAGAAAAAGACGAAGAAGAUGAGGAGGACGACGAAGAAGAAAAGAACGGUUAAGAAGAGGAGCGGUGCAAGUCGGAGUUAAUGAUUGAUUUAAAAAAAAAAAAAAAAAAAAAAAAAGGGGGAGGAACAGUGCAAGUACGACUUCGACUGUUCCUCCCACCAUCUUUUUUUUUUAAUCAAUCAAUCAAUCACCCAAUC